UUGAGAAUUGGUCGUGUUUUGGUUUAAUGAAUUUUCACAAAGUAAAAAAUGUGCGAAAAGUGUGAAAGUUCGAAUAAUAAUCAUAAACUUUUAAAUUCAGCCUUUGUCUUUAGUGCUUAAGUGCUAGUAAAGUGUGUUGUUGUAUGAUUAAUUUUAAGUUUGACAAUGCAUAAAUACUUUAUAUCAGUAUUGUUAGUUCGUUUGGUCCUGCCAGCAUCGCUUCUCCUAAGUAUCGCACUUCGUCCAUUUGGCCUUUCUCUAAUAUAUUUGCUGCUGUACUUAAUAUCACCGUUUCCACAAGUACCAGACUCAAAAACUUUUCGAGGUUUUCGAGGAAAAUACCUGCAGCUCAAUCUCGUGGUAUCAUCAUUACUCUUAUUAGUUCACGCAACAUGGCACAGUGUACUCGCAGGGUUCGCACCAUAUGGCCGGCUACUGGAAGAGUAUCCACUUAUUCAAAAGAUUGGUUACAAUUUGGGGCUCGUGUCAUACAAUGGGAUAGAUCCAUUAAUGGCUACCCACUAUCUAGCACCUGAGUUAGUCGUCUUCGGUUCAUCAUUAGUAGUAUAUUUAAUUGUUCGCACACUUCUGAUUGGAUCACCGAACGAUGAGGUUUUGAGGAAAGACUCCAAACAUCAAAAGUUUCCACUUCUUACUAGUGCAGGAAAGUACAUCGCUUUGUUUCUGUUAAUGUUCUCCGGUAUAAUGCGCCCGAGUGUUACAUCGGGCAUAUAUUUCCUGGUGUUCAUGGGAGCAGCCACGGCAUGGGCUGUCGGCAGACCUCUAGAGCGUGGUUUCGCUGUGGUCACUCGCUGCAUAAUGGCCAUUAUGGGGGUCCAUAUAGCCGUGCUUCUGGUAUACCAAUGCACUUGGGUGAUAAAUCUCUAUCCACCUGACAAAGAUUUUGCUCGAUACUUUGGUCUAACAAAAUUGGUGAUACUGAAUGAGACUGAUUCCUCGAGCUUUGCGUACGAGGUGACAGAUAAUCAUAUGUGGGCUACACUGGCUAGUCCGCUAGUUAUUCUCUUUUCUUACUUUUUCCUCGCUAUUGAAACACGAGAGCUAUUCAAACCAAAGGCGAAGAAAAAAGGUGUUUUAACUGGUCUCGAAGCGGGCAAGGUGAACGGUUCAUUAGUACGAGGGGUAUCCUUUCAUCGCAGCAGCCGACAUGCUCCCCGGGAAAGCUGGAAAAACGCCACCAAGAAAGUUCGCUUACUGCGAAAUAUGAGUCCGAGCAAGCGAUGGUCGAGUCGUGGGGGUUCCGUCACACGCACGCUCCAUCAGGACUCCACUGGCUCCGUCGUUGUACCCGAUGAAGAAUCAAUUAUGGAAAAUAUACAAGAAUCAUCGUUAAUGGAUGACAUUUUAGCCACGAUUGUGGACUUCUUCCAAGUUUUAAUCAGGUCGUCAUACAUCGCAACAACGAUAACUAUGAUGGCGUGGAGUAUAAUGUUCCACUCCUGGCUGACGUUCGUGUUUCUGAUGUGGGCCAACAUCGUGUGGCUUUGUCAAGACCAGAGGUCCUUCAUGCUUAAGACUAGUCCGGUGCUCGUGUUCUACGCUAUGCUACUUCUGAUAGCCCAGUACAUAUACGGCAUGGACUUGACUGAGGUGGAAUUGCCGUCGAAUAUCACGGCGGUAAACCUACGGCAAAUAGGUUUAGGCAGGCCGGAUGGCGAGCCUUGUGUUCCGCUGCUCAUCAAGUCGCUGUUCACGUUCAUGUUUUGGGUGACACUGCGACAGCGCGUGCAGGAGAUGAUCGAGCGCCGCCAAUCAGCUGCCACCACAGAUAUCGCUGCACCGCUACACCUUACUGUGUCUAUGGCUGCAACUGCCGCUGAAGCUGCGCGUGAGGAAGAGCGUCGUUCUAAAAUGAUAACUGCAAUCGGCGCGUGGAUGCGUUCUGCUUGUGCCCGCUACUGGAUCUACGUGGUGGUCAUUAUGCUGUUCGUCAUCGGCAUAACGGGCGACCGUAUGACCAUCUUCCGCAUCAUCUACAUGUUACUAUUCCUAGUCUUCAUACUCAUGUUCCAGAUAAGUUGGUACUGGUGGCGACGUUUGAUGUACGUUUUCUGGAUCACAGUCAUUAUAUACUCCAUGAUAAACCUCAUACUCAUAUACAUAUACCAGUUCGAUAAUUUCUCAAAAACCAUCGAAACGUACCUUCUGAUCAAUGAAAAGUUACAGCACGAUUUGGGUUUGGAGCCAUAUCACCCAGCUGAUUUAUUCGUCAAACUAUUAACACCCACUCUGUUCCUUAUAAUCACAAUAAUGCAGGUGCAUUACUUCCAUAAAGACUUUAUGGCGCUGUCAGAUCCAAAGACAAGGACAAACAGUAUCGCUAAAGAAGGUGAAUCGAGCAGGCCCAGUGGAGGGGCCUCUACGAUGCAAGGCGAUCUACCUCCACUACCUUUGGAGGGGCGACCCGCGUCCGCUGAGCCUCGUACCGAUAGCGACACUGAGGCUGAACAGUCCAUGGGAACGUCAUCUGUCAACACAGCUGCAAAGCGAUCGAUGUAUAGGAAAUCUUCUCGGAGCCGUUCAUACGCGGCCACGGUAACUGAGCGCGUAACGUUCAUGACAGCACUCCAUAAACUCGUUGUGAACAAGUGUGGUGCGUUGCGACGCAGCCUGGGUGACUGGAUAGAUAAAACAUUCAUCUUUCUGGACAUUCAUUUGGUCAAGAUAAUUUUCUUGUCUGUUUUGCUGCUCUGUGUAUUUGACGUUUCUGCCAUGCACGUUCCUAUAAUGAUAAUAAUAUCUCCGGCACUUCUAAUUAGCGCUCCUAGACAACGGAUUUGCAUACUUUUCAUAUCAACACUCAUUAGUAUUUACUUUAUGGCGAAGAUGAUUUACCAGAUUGAGUACAUAACACACAGCUAUUUUGAUGUUAACUGUACUAAAGUAAACGAAAAUGGUACAGAGAAUGUCACAACUCACAACGACGCAGAAUGGAUCGGUUUCCGCAAGGCCACGUCUGCUAAACCUCUAGUUGUCCUGCUAAAGGGCUAUAUCGGUCUAAUCGCCGUAUUUACAUUCUACUCGUUGGUCACUUACCGUCAAAAAAAUAUCAGGGCUCUGGGAUUAUUGCCAAACAAUAAGGAGAAAUUAAUGUUCCCAAAUAUUACUCGCAAAGAAGCGGACAAGGAUAUGAUCCACUGUAUCAAGUAUUUGGUGAAUUAUGGCUUCUACAAAUUUGGUGUUGAGAUAUCACUGAUCUGCCUAAUGGGCGUUAUCGGUUCACGUAUGGAUCUGUAUGCGGUUAUAUACGCUGGAUGGCUUCUAGCAUUAGUGGCUGCUAGGAGGGCUUGUGUUGCCCGACUGUGGCCCGCCUUUACCGCCUGCGUGACUGCAUUAGUACCAAUACAGUAUAUGAUAGCAGUUGGAUUUAUGCCGUACUUGUGUAUUAACUUCCCUUGGAGCGGGGACUCCCAACAAAUGAAACACAUCCGUACCUGGCUAUUCUUACCAUACAACGAAGAACCGCCGCACGCAAUCAAACUCAUCUUCGACUUCUUCCUGCUUUUGUUCGCUUCACGACAACUGAGAGUUUUCCGUAUUGAAAACGCCCAGGGUGACAGGUAUCCGGGUGGAUCCAACAAAGAAGAUAUCGGAAAAGAUUGGGAGACCCCACAUUUCGUGAAUCCAGUGCCAGAUUUUCUUGGAUACGUUGGGUCAUGGUUGGACGUAAUAAAACGUAUGGUAUUCCUGGGCAUGCUGUGGGUCACACUUGCCAUUAUGUUUAUGACGGGCACAAACCGUGUCAACCUGUUCUCUAUGGGCUACCUUAUUGGUUCCUUUAUCUUCUUAUGGCAGGGAACCGAUUUUUAUUUGCGACCAAAAGAAGCAAUAUUGCAAUGGUGGUCAUGGCUUGUUAGGUACAAUGUUGCUGUAGUGGUCAUAAAGGCCCUUCUUCAGAUCCCGGGUUGCAUGUUCAGUGCAGCGAUGCAGGAUAACGCUUGUUGGCUCGUGCAGUUGCUUGGAAUUGGCUGCGUGGACAAGUUCGCGGGUGGCAAUAUAGCCAGGUUUCUCAAGAUGCGCUACGAUAAGGAAUCGGUCUGUUCUGUGCCUCAAGAAGAUAUUGGUCUAGCAUGGGACGGAGUGUGUUUCGCUUUUCUGAUCUUGCAAAGACGAUUAUUCCACAGUUACUAUUUCUAUAGAGUAAUUGAUGAGAGCAAAGCGACUACUGUUCUCGCUUCAAGAGGAGCAGAUCUAAUAGAGGAACUGAGACUGAAACAAAUGACAAUUCAAGAAGAGCAAGAAAGCAAAAUAUUAGAUAAGAUCAAAGUGAAGAUGGAGAGAAUUAAGGCUAACCAGAAAAAGAUACAAGGUGUUAUAGCUAAAGAACCUACUCAUCAUGAUGCAGCACGCGUGAGGCUGCAGUAUAAGCCGCCCUCCAGCCAUCAGAAGGCCGUGCGUUCCGGAGACUACUACAUGUUUGAUGAGUUCGAUGAUACUGAUGUUCACAUGAAAGACGAUGAAUCCAGUUCAGACGAAGAUGCUCCAAAAUCAAUGGGCUUUGGAAAGCUGGUGUCAACCGCAAUCAAGACGGACAUGCGGCGCGCCGUGUCGUUGCGCCGCGCGUCUGCGCCCGCUGUGCGUCCACGCGACCAGACGCGAGCUUCGUCUGUUACCUACCCCUUCUCCUAUCCCCAUCAGAUGGCCACAAUAUCACCCAGAGCAGAGAGCAGUCGACCUUCGGAUGUAGAAGUGAGGCUUGACGAGCUUGGCGAACCCGGGCCGGCUUCAGACAUUGAUGAAUUUGCUCCACCGCCCGAGUCCGAGACUUUGAUAGACAAAAUGAAAGGUUUCCUGGAUACAGCAGUCGCGUUCAUAUCAAGCAUUCUGGUAUCCCUAACGCGCCAUCUUAUGAAAUACUCGCGGGACUACAGAUAUGUCUCCCGCACUCUAUCUGUAGAGAAGAAGAGAUUAAAGGAAAAAGAAGGUUUUGGCAUCGGAUUGAGGGAAGGCUCACAAAUGAUUUGGGAACCUUUGCCGGAGACCCUUUUGCACCACCGUAAGCUUAGUGAAAUAAGCGUUCCGGAGAUCCGUAUCUUGGCGGCGAGCAUGGAGCGUGGACUGGACUCGCGAUCCGCCUCGCCCGCGCUCUCAGACGACACAUCGGAACACGAGAGCGCCUUUAGCUUGCAAACCACCGAAAGCAAGGACGUAAUGAUGCUAGAAGAUCAAGAUGACUCAAUGUUCAAACAACAAAAAUCGCCACUUGUACACCUUGCAUACGCAUUGUGGUACGCAAUUUUGGCACAUACAAACAUUGUAUGCUACAUUAUGGUAUUCAUUAACCAGAUCCAGUCAGCUACUAUUCUUUCCAUACCGUUACCGCUUAUGGUAUUUUUAUGGGGAACUUUAACAAUACCAAGGCCAACUAAAACGUUUUGGGUAACGCUCAUCGCGUACACUGAGGUCAUAGUACUUAUAAAGAGUAUGUUUCAAUUUGAAAUUCUGCCAUGGAACCAAAAAGCGAUACCCGCCAAUAUGCCGUUCACGGCGCCAAGGAUAAUCGGAAUCGAAAGGAAGUAUAACUACGCACUCUACGACUUACUCCUUCUACUCAUUAUAUUUUUGCACAGGUUCAUGCUAAAAUCUUUAGGUUUGUGGAAAGAGUCCACACCCGAAGUAGAACUACGAGAGGAUAUGGAAUAUCCUCUAAGCACUGAUGACACGCACUUACUAGUAGCAGGCCAAGGUACUGAAGUAGGCCGCAAGUACCUCGAACUACACGAGAGAUCUAGCCCGCCUCAAGAUGCUGAUCAAAAUACAGAAUUGAAUUCACCGCGAUUUAGAGGCGAUGAAACGCAAGAGCCGCCAGAAGAUCACACUGAAAGAGAACAGCAAGCAGGACCUUCGCAUGGUGGCUAUGAUGACCAUUACAAUGUUAACGAUGAUCAAGAGCCAAUAAUUGCAGUAAAAACGACAAUGGAGGAUACAUACGCACACUAUCCACAAGUCAUGUUACUUUCGAUAAAGCGAUAUCUGCGGCCAACUAAGGACUUUUUCCAGCGAAUGUUGGCUCCGGGAGCUCGCGUCACAGCCGAUAUCUAUGCGUACAUGUUCCUUUGCGAUUUUUUAAAUUUCCUCGUCGUAAUAUUUGGCUUCGCUGCAUUUGGAACACACCAAGGUGACGGAGGCGUUCAAGCGUACUUAGAAGAGAACAAAGUGCCGAUCCCAUUCCUCGUAAUGCUUAUUCUGCAGUUUGUACUGAUUGUAAUCGAUCGAGCUCUGUAUUUGCGCAAGUUCAUGCUCGGCAAGAUCCUCUUCCAGUACAUGCUUAUUAUUGGCGUGCAUAUUUGGAUGUUCUUCGUACUCCCCUUCAUCACUGAAAGAACAUUUAAUACUUAUCUCCCGCCGCCAAUGUGGUACAUGGUGAAGUGUAUCUACUUACUGCUGUCAGCGUAUCAGAUCCGCUGCGGAUACCCGCGACGCAUCAUUGGCAACUUCCUCUGCAAAUCUUAUCACUUCCUCAAUAUGAUCUGUUUCAGAGGAUUUAUGGCAGUGCCAUUCCUAUUCGAGCUUCGUACAUUAAUGGAUUGGAUCUGGACGGACACAUCUAUGACACUAAUGGAUUGGCUUAAAAUGGAGGAUAUUUUCGCCAGCAUUUUCUUACUUAAGUGCUCACGCUACGUAGAGGACGAGUUUCCACAGCCGCGCGGCAUUAAGAAGUCAACUACUUCUAAAUACCUCUUGGGCGGCGGGGUACUUGCUUUUGUCAUCGCAAUCAUCUGGUUUCCACUAGUCUUCUUCGCAUUCGGCAAUUCUGUCGGAGAGCCCAACCCGCCAACGGAUGUGACUGUAAAAAUCAGAAUCGGACCAUUCCUGCCUGUCUACCAGAUGUCUGCGCAGUCGCAUAACAUUGACGUCUUCUCAGAGGCGGAUUACACUCAGCUAAGCAACCAAUACGUACGCGACCGUACGGCGCAGACGUUCCUAUCCAACUACAUGUACAACGAUGUGGCCGUUAUCACUAUUAACCCUAAUUCUACAAUGAAGUGGAUGAUAUCCCCACCAGAACUCGCGCGGCUUGAACAGGAAGCCAUCUCCAAUGCAUCGUUAUCUGUUAAAUUCACAUACGUGGUAACGCAUCCCAGCAACAACGCACAGAACCCGCCCACGAUAGACAACAACCGUGAGGUGCCGUUGGAUUCCUUUAUCGAAGGCAAACCAAAUCCCGAAAGGAAGACGCUUCUCGAAAUGUUGACAAACACCGCACCGUCUACAGCAUGGCUGAACGUGAAACUAUUGUUUCCGAAAUUCGUAAAAGUCUUCAACAAAGGUGCAACGAAGCCGGCGUAUCAGUUAAUGCCGCCGAUAGGUGCUAACGAACCUGACGACGCUCGUUACUACCGCGAUGUGCAACUUCGUCUGGAGCGUGAGGGCGGGACCAUGUACUGGCGAGUACGUGAAGCUUGCCAAUCAAGGGAUCCUUUAGCCUCGAUUCCAAUGAAUGACUGUGACAUGCUCGUCAUGUACACUUUCAACGACAAACUCUUCCCGGAGACGCUUAACUUCAUAUCGGGAGGCGGUAUAAUUGGCUUGUACACUACAUUCGUGUUUCUUGCGUCGCGCGUUUUGCGCGGCUUCUUCUCUGGCAUCUACACGAAGAUUAUGUUCGACGACCUGCCCAACGCCGACCGUGUGCUGCAACUCUGCCUUGACAUCUAUUUGGUUCGGGAAGCUUUGGAGAUGUCUCUAGAAGAAGACUUGUUCGCGAAACUCGUGUUCCUGUAUCGCUCACCGGAGACUAUGAUCAAAUGGAGUCGACCUAAGGAAGAAGAAAAUCAGGAACAGAGAGCGUUACCGGCUCCACAGUGAACUUCAAAGGAAAAAAAAAGCGUUCCCGAAACAGCGGCGGUGGCGGCAAAAGUUACACGCAUAGUUACAUUGGUUCGUAGCGUAAUGGCAGUUCUUAUGAGGCAGGCCAGUGGCUGAAGCAGAUUUUAUCUUACUAUAAUUAGACGUCCCAGUGUAGAUAUAAAAGGCGAGGCAUCGAUUCUGUUAGCUUUGAAUGAAUUCGGAAAUAGAUGAUACGUUAAAAUCCUGCUAGUCACAGCAAGGAAACUCACUCACUCACUUGCGGUCACCGCCUGCGACAACUUACGGCCCGAAGGUUUUUUAUUUGACUACAAGUUAUCGUUUGACUGCAAUGUCAUGUGGUAAUUUAUGAUGUAGUCUAAAAUGGCAGUGGACUAACAGUUGGCAGAUAGCGGUUAUAUUAGACCCAUCCAUCCAAUCGAUUUCUCCGCAACAUCGUACCGGAACGCUAAAUGGCUUGGGGGCAUGUGUUUGCCGGCAGGAUGGUAACGUGCCAUAUGGCCGAAGCCUCCCAAAAAAAAUCUGUUCGAAAUUCUUCACGCGACCCGCUUCCACCUCUGUUUGGGAAACACUUAAGUUGGAUUUAAAAUAAAGAUAUGUCAUAUCGUGAACUUCUAAAGCCACAGUUUCAGAUUCAAUUUGCUAUCUAGGUAAUUCAAAUCGGUGCUGAUCUUAGUGAAGUAGGUAAUAUUUGACAGUUCUUAUUAGAAAAUUAUGUCGUCACGAAACGUAUUUGGUUGCACGAAUUCAGUUUUUGAUACACCCAGUUAAAUAAAUUUAGGAUAUCUUAUUUUAUCAAAAAUAUCUUACGUUUUCAAUCUUUAUUGAUUUUAGUAUAGCUGCUAAACUACUAUCACGUGUGUAAAGUCAACUUAUUAUUAAGUACGGUAGUCAUUGAGAGUAGCGGUGCGGAAGUAAAGUAGAGCCAGCCUACCGUACCUACAGUUUCAAUCCAUACCUACAUUACCGUACCUACAUUCAAAUGUAUACAAAAACAAAAUUGUCUUUGUAUAGUGUACUUUUUUCUCUACUUUUGUAUAGUUUUAUAAAAUAUAAUUAAAAGGGCGGUACACUGUGAAAUUUGAUUUUAAUAUUCACGUAAAGUACAUUUGAAAAAUAAAACUGUGGGGUCGUUGUUGCGACCAUGUUAUAUCUGUUUUGGAUUUAACGAGUUAGGAGACAUGCUAGUAAAUAAUAGAUUCUUAAGUUGUGCAGUAAACGAUAGUUACGUAAAGUAAGUAUAACCGCGGUGCUUGAGUGAUUCGAGAUCCUUUUUAAAAUGGCAUAGGUAUAAAAAAAACUUGGGAUGUUUUUUCUAGACUUAAAUAUAGACAAUGAAUUUUAACAAAACGACUCGUUUAUUGUUCGAUGGAUGUGCCUGAUGUUUCUCUUUUUCAAAUGAAUGAAUAAUUAAUUAAAUUAAUUAAAAUUGUUCAAAAUUUGUUCUUGCACAAUGCCUGACCUGCAGGCUGCAUGCAUGCAUUGUCUGCAUAAACGGUAACGUGAAAAGAACACUCACUAAGCAAAUAAGUUAUUAUAUAAAAUUUCAUGAAAAGGGUAAAUAUGUAAUAAAUUUCAGUGAAUCCACAAGAUUUACGAAUAGAAAUUGAUGGAAUUUUCUUCUUGAAACAAACGCACAACGAAGUCACCAGUAAAUGUAUGUUGACUUAUAGGUAUUGCCGCAUCAAAUCCCAUGUUAUUUUAUUAACUGCGCAAUUCUAACGUCAGCACUUUUUUUACGUGACACCAGCUAGCCAGUUAAAUAAAUUAGUACUUAAAUAUUAUUAAAUGCUAGUAUGAUGUGUAGUGCUUACGCUCUCUAUAUUUAAACAAUUAUUUAUUCGUACAGUUUUUAUCUUUUCAAUGUCUUCCUAGUAGUUUAAGACAGUUGUUUGGCUUAAUUAUUCCAACACCCGAAAAAGAAAAUAUCGUUCGAUUAAAUUUGAUUGGAAGUGUUAUUAUUAUAUUAUUAGUAGAAAAAUAAUAUAGAAUAGUUUUUAGUUUAUAUGGUGUCUGAACUGAAGCUGAUAAAAAUAUAUACACGAAUACCGGUCGGUACUAUUUAGACACUACAAAAAUCUAAAGGUACUAAUAUUAUAUAUAUUACUAUAUAUUAUAAUAUUAGGUACUAAUAUUAUUAUAUUCGAAAGUAUGUCUGUUAGUUUAUUUGUUUGGUUCGACAACUGCGCAGAUUCCUUUUUUCUCGGAAAAAACAACGGUGCGUUACUCAACCGAAUAACGUGGAUUAAGUCAGAACAUUGAGUUAUAUAUUUAUAGAGACGUCCAUUGCAAGAUUUAUCGCUUACUUUUACAUUUUAUUUAUAUUAUAGUUAUUUUUGGAGAAUUGUUUGUGGAUUUUAUCAGUGAGAUUUUAUUAACCCUUUAAGUAUCUAUCCCACAAGAGUUUUCAAACUCAAGUGAUGGUACUCUUAUCUACAUAAGAUAUGUUUACCGGAAAGAUUCAUUACCUACUAAAAGUUGUAAUUUCUUUACACCUGAUGUAUCUAUAUGGUUCCUAUAGAGGUAACAUCUCACUGGGUUUUAUGCACAAGCAUAAUUUAUUUACCUUCGCAUAAUAUAUAAUUUGUUAUAUUGCAAAUUUUUGGUUUCAUGAUAAUUAUAUCUUGUUAUAUCUCUACAUUUUAUAAAUGUUAAAUUAUGCAAUGCAAAUAUCAGAUAACUUUAUACCUCAAUAUAUAAAUUUGCAUUUUUGAUAUUUUAUUAUUUAUUGAAUUUAAUUAAGUACAAGAAUUAUUAUGUGUACAUUUUGUAA